AACUUCUUCAUUCAAAACCAACUCCUGCCCCUGCUGCUUUUUAAAUCUAGUCUAGUAUUUACUCUAUGGCUGAGAGCCCUUCUCGUUCGUGAAAAUCGUAAUAUUUAGCCUCAAACAAAAUAUUGCAAAUAUAAGACGUCUAUAUUACGAAUUCUAAAAGAGAAAACAAUGAACUCACCGACACCACUACCGUCACAUAACCUCUAAAUUAAUGAUCCUUCUCUAGGUCCUUGAAGAUUCUUUUUCUCCACCAAUGUUGUUGUUGUGAGUUACAUUUUGCCACUCUUGAAGAAUUCCCUUGAAAAUUUUCAUUCUGUUGAACCAGAAUGGCAAUGGCUACCAGGGUCAAACAGGAACCGGUGUCACCCACAUCUAGUUCAAGUCGUGAACUCUGUAGCCCUCCUCCAGCUCUAAACUCAUCGAUUACAACUUCAGAUUAUGAGCAAAGGAUACUAUUACUCUUGCAAGGAAGUACCAAACCAAUUUCUGAUAAAGAAAUCCAAAAUGAAAUACCAAAUUUAUCGCCCCAGGAACGAGCGGAAGCCAUCAACAGUCUUUUGAAGCAGGGAUCUUUGGAAAUAUUCAAGCAAGGUGACAAAUUAGUUUACAAGUACAAGGAGCCAUCAAGUUCUUCCAACAUUAAAGGCGCAGAUAAUGAAGAGAAGAUAGUAUAUAGUAUAAUUGAGAAAGCUGGUAACAAGGGGAUAUGGAUCAGAGAUCUCAGAUAUGAAUCAAAUUUAAUUGUGGUUACUCUCCAAAAAAUUUUGAAAAAUCUUGAGAACAAAAAAAUAAUUAAGGCUGUAAAAUCUGUCUCGGCUUCAAAAAAGAAGGUUUAUAUGCUAUACAGUUUGGAGCCAGAUAGUUCUGUUACUGGUGGAGCAUGGUAUAAUGAUCAAGACUUUGAAUCGGAAUUUGUUGAUGUCCUAAACCAACAAUGUUUUCGUUUCCUUCAUCAAAAAAAAGAAGCUGUGAAGAACUGUAAAGAUGGUCCAAUUGCUGCCCAGAAUAUGGCUAGUGCAUCAUCUAAAGAUGUUUGGAAAUACAUCUCUGAGUUAGGGAUUAGCAAGGUCCAAUUAUCUGUCCAAGAUAUGGAAACCAUUCUAAAUACUUUAGUUUAUGAUGGAAAAGCAGAGCGAACAGUCCUUGCUGAUGGUAACCACAUGUACCGCGCUAUUGAGUCGCUGCUGCCACCACCAGGCAUUGUUCGGACCCCCUGUGGUGUUUGCCCGGUUUUCAACCAGUGCAGUGAUAUUGGAUCAAUAAAUCCAAAAAAGUGUGUUUACAUGACAGAAUGGCUUGAAUAAAUACAAUUAAUUUAAAAAGAUGGAUAUAUUUAUAACUGAAUUAAAAAAUAAAAAAUCAUGAUGUUUAA